AUGGCAUCACUUAGUGAUCGAACCAAUAAAGAAAUUGAUAAUGUUAGAGGUCAACAAUACAAGAAUAAUGGAAAGUGUGAUGAAUUAAAACGUAGGCGUGCUGAAGUAAGAGUUUUCCUUCGAAAGGAGAAAAGAGAUUUUAUUUUAAAUAAAAAAAGAAAUAUUAUUCCUGAUAGUAUAGAUAGCAAAGUUAAUCUUGAAACUUCUGAAGCAUUAUCUAUAGCUGAAGGUGAACUUGUAAGUAUUGCAGAUGAAUUUAAAAAUCGGGAAAUGGAGGAAAAUAUACCACUUUAUUUGUAUCGGGACAUUCGACGUAUAUUAUCACAACAUUCAGUUGCUCCAAUUGACUGCCUUUUACAUCUUGGAUUGUUGAAAAUUCUUGUAAAUGGACUUAAAUCUAAGGAUAAAGAUAUUGUUUAUGAAUCAGCUUGGUCUAUUACGAAUAUUGCUUCAGGAACUUCUGAUCAUACAAAAGCUGUUGUUGAUGCCGGUGUUAUUCCUAUACUUCUACAAUAUUUAAAUAACCAUCAUUAUAAUAGUGAGUUAACUGAACAAUGUAUUUGGGCGUUAGCCAACAUUGUGGGUGAUUCUCAACAAUAUCGGGAUAUAGCAAUGAAAUCAGGAUUAUUCAAAUCUAUAGAAGUUAUUAUGAAAGAUCUUGGAGAAUUACCUAUUACAGUUGUUCGAAAUAUUGCAUGGCUUUUUUCAAAUCUUGCCAGACACAAGAAUACUAGUUUACCAAGCGAAGUAUUUCAACAAUCCGUAAAAUAUGUCCGUGAUUUGUUAAGAUAUAAUGAUAUAGCUGUAAGAAAUGAUGCUUGUUGGGGAUUAUCAUAUUUAAUAAAAGAUGCCAGUGAUGAUCAAUUAAAAUAUUUUGCAACCCAACCAAUAUUUCACUAUAUGAUAUCUUUUCUUGGAUCUGAUGAAAAUUAUUUAAUUCUUGGAGCUUUACGGGUUAUUGGAAGAUUUGCUCAAGGAACAGAAAGAUAUUGUGAUGUAUUAAUUCAAUCAGGGAUAUUUAAGCAAAUUUUUCCUUGCCUAUUACAAAGAAAAUCUUAUGAUGUUGAUAUUUUAUAUAGUUGUAUCUGGAUUUUAUCUAAUGUUGUUGCGGGACCUGAAGCACAUAUCAAUGAAAUUGUCUCCUGUAAUUUGAUUCCUUUCGUCAUUAAAAAUCUUUCUUCGGGAAUUUCUAAAGUACGAAUUGAAUGUAGUUGGUUUUUAUCUAAUUUUGUAAAUGGUUGUUCAAAACAUCAAGUAAAAGAAAUUGUUAAAAAUAAUGGAAUUAAAGUUAUCAUCUCUGGAUUAAAAAAUAGCGUUGGUAAUGAUUAUAUUUGUAAUUUGUUAGAAUGUAUGUAUUAUAUUUUGGAUACUUAUAGUUCUUGUUUACCUGAAAAAUUAGAGUAUAUUAAGGAUACUAUAGAAGAAUGUGGUGGUCUUGAUAUUUUUGAAGAUUUUCAACUUGGAGAUAAUGAAAAAAUUAGCAGUAUUAGUGUUAAAAUAAUAGAAUCAUUUUUUCAAGAUGAGGAUAAUAUUUGUGGAGAUGGUUAUGAUAGUGAGGAAAAUGACCAAUAUAUCAAAUCUCAAAGAAUGGAAUUGUAA